CUGCCGGUGCCGCCAGUCAUUCAGUCCUGCUUGGAGCUCAUCCUGCAGGCAGCGCGGGCGGGAGGGAGGCGCCUGGGAGAGCUCCAUCCGAGCCCAGCGCUUCCUUCCAGGCGGGAGGAGGAGGAGGAGGAAGGGAGACGGACGGGCAGAGCAGCUCCUUUCCCUUCCAUCGGGGCGGCCGUGCCUCAUGCCCGCCUCCUGCCCGAGCCCGGAGAGGGAGCGCGCGUUUGGCACAGCCAAGGCACUCCAUAUGAAGAAUAAAAACCCUUGACUCUGUAACCGCACUGCUUCCUUGAACAGUGAAAGAAGAAUGAGAGAAGAAUCUGUCUGACUCUUAAGAUAUUGGACCAUCAGCCAAAAAGAGCGCAAAAUGGCUCAGUGUAAAAACAUUGCGGCUCAUUUCCUUGAAGAAUGGCGCCGGCAGGAACUACCUCUCAGCUGUAAGAAACACCGAAAUGUCAGGAAAAAGCAGAGAGUGAUACGAAUAAUGGGACUGUUCCUCGGCGUGGUGGCCGUGAGCACGCUUUCUCUUUCCAUUAGUGCCUUUUCUGAGUUGGAAGCGUAUAGCUCAGAGACAGCCAGCAACGUAGAUAGCCAAAAGUUUGCACACACACAGCAGAGGACUCUGUUGGACUUUAAGGAUCAGAACCAGAAUGGCACCCCGGGUUCAUCUGUUUCUAUGAAACAAGAGGCCGGAGAAGAGAACCACACGGAGGAGCACAAGGGGGAGUAUCCCGAAGAUCUUUUUUCUCUGGAGGAGAGAAGAAAGGGUGCUGUCAUUCUUCAUAUUUUGGGCAUGAUUUACAUGUUCAUAGCCUUAGCCAUUGUCUGUGAUGAAUUCUUUGUCCCUUCGCUGACAGUCAUCACGGAGAAGCUGGCGAUUUCCGAUGACGUGGCUGGGGCCACCUUCAUGGCUGCCGGGGGCUCGGCCCCAGAACUGUUUACUUCUUUGAUAGGAGUCUUUAUAUCCCACAGCAACGUUGGCAUCGGGACAAUAGUCGGGUCUGCCGUGUUCAAUAUCCUCUUUGUGAUUGGAAUGUGUGCUUUAUUUUCCAAAGAGAUUUUGCACCUGACUUGGUGGCCGCUCUUCCGGGAUGUGUCUUUCUACAUCAUGGACUUGAUAUUGUUGAUUGUCUUCUUUUUGGAUAACUUCAUCAUGUGGUGGGAAAGUUUAACGCUGCUGAUUGCUUAUAUGGUCUAUGUGACUUUCAUGAAGUUCAACGUGCAAGUCGAAGGAAUGGUGAAAGGGCUUUUAAGCAAGAACAAAGUGGAGAAAGUCGCGCCAGAACCUGAAGGAAAGGUUGACUUGGCUGGGACCACAGUAGAAAGAAGAGUCAAGAUUGAACAAACAAACGUUGGAGAAGAGCAGACAUUGACGACAAAGCCACGUCUCCAGCGGGGUGGAAGCUCUGCAUCCCUGCACAACAGUCUCAUGAGGAACAGCAUUUUCCAACUUAUGAUUCACACCCUUGACCCACUUGCUGAAGAGCUUGGAUCAUAUGGAAAGCUAAAAUAUUAUGACACAAUGACUGAAGAAGGGAGGUUCAAAGAAAGGGCAUCAAUUCUUCAUAAGAUGGCGAAAAAAUGUCAAGUGGAGGAUGGUGAAAAGCGGAAUGGAACUGCUAAUCAUGCUGAAAAAAUUGAAGUUGCUGUGACACCUCCAAAUGAUGGUUCAGGACCAGUGCAGAAUGGAGCUGCUGUUGGAGCAGAUGAGGGAGACGAGGAUGAAGAGCAGCCGCUCAGCCUGGCAUGGCCUGACACCCCGCGCAAGCAACUUACCUACUUGCUGAUUUUACCUAUUGUUUUUCCAUUAUGGGCAACCUUGCCUGAUGUCAGGAAGCCAACAUCCAAGAAGUUUUUUCCUUUCACAUUUUUUGGAUCAAUCUCUUGGAUCGCAGUAUUUUCAUACCUAAUGGUCUGGUGGGCACAUCAGGUUGGAGAAACCAUUGGCAUCAGUGAAGAAAUCAUGGGCUUGACCAUCUUAGCUGCUGGCACAUCUAUCCCUGACCUCAUCACCAGUGUUAUUGUGGCACGGAAAGGACUGGGGGACAUGGCAGUGUCCAGCUCUGUGGGAAGUAACAUCUUUGACAUCACAGUGGGGCUCCCUCUCCCGUGGCUCCUCUUUGCUAUAAUAAACAACUUUGCUCCUGUGGCGGUGAGCAGCAACGGGCUCUUCUGUGCGAUUGUCCUCCUCUUCAUCAUGCUCCUCUUUGUCAUCCUCUCUAUUGCGAUCUGUAAGUGGAACAUGAACAAAUUCCUGGGCUUCACCAUGUUUGGUCUUUACUUUGUGUUCCUGGUUGUCAGCGUCAUGUUAGAAGACAGGAUCAUUGUGUGCCCUGUAUCCAUCUAACAAGAUGACGGUGCUGUUUCUUGAACAUGGCAAACCGGAAACAGACAAGAACAGAGAACCUCCCAUGCAACCCAAAACAAGCAGUAUCUUUAGUACCCUGCAUUUAAAACAUUGGAGACAAGAGGGACUGGAAUCAGAUGUGGACAAGUUCAGCUGAUCCAUUUCCUGGUGCUGAACAAACAUCAAAAAAUGGCUGGCUGCUACAGAACAUGCUCCUGGGCCGGUUCCACUGCUUAUCUGUUGGAGGUAUUGUGCAUGUAUUGUAUUACCAAUGUUCAGCUUUGCAUGUAUGCUACACAUAGGAUCUGUUUCCAUAUAUUUCUUCUCUCUGCCUAUAUACAUGCCACUCGGAGAGAAAGGGAGCAGUAUUUAUCAACAUACAAAUGAAAUGUGAUGUUACCUAUUCAUAGAGGCUGAUGGAAGAAGUUAUCCUAUACUAAUAGCACAAGCAACAUAGCAGAGGAUUGAGCAGGAUGGCCCUUGUGGUCUUUUCCAACUCUGUGAUUUGAUGACCAGAGAAGGCCAAUCUUCUGUCUGCAAGCAGUGUUAUUUCUAUGUUUUCUGCACAUGAUGUGGAAGGUUUCGAAACUAAGCCUGUAGCUUUGGAAACCAAGGUGUGUUGGUCCCUCAACAAGUAGGGGGAUAACAUUUAUGGAUCCAGAUACAUUUUUCAAACAAUAUACAACUCACAUUAUCUUGCAUUCUGUCGUUUCGAAAUGUAGAGGUGCAUGCUCAGCAUUACUACAGCCUCAAGUGACUCCUUGCAUGUGUGGAGGCAUUAUUAGAGAUCAGAUGUCACAGAAAUUGGCUUCAUGUUACUUCCUUUACAAUAUUAAUCAUGGCGAGAGCCUGCAUUUUCAGCUGCAUAUUAGAGAUGAUGAGUAAGCAACCAGUGUCCAUGCAUGCGUGAUCCCACCACAUAAUCCAAUACCACUUGACUUGUUCUGGCUUCCUUGCAGGGCUUCUGCCUUUUUAUUCUCCCUAUAAACUGACAUUUUCCUACAAGGCUAUCUGCGAUCCUUAUAGAUAAAACCCACACUAAUGAUUUGAAGUAUCUUCUGCCAUCCCCUGAUCAUCCAAGUAGAAAAUGCAGGUACAAAAUAAACUCUUUUUACUAGUA